CGAGGGCGAUAAGGCAUGUCCGUCGGUGGAAGGGCGUCGGUGCCGUCGGGUCUUGAGGUGUUGCCACGCUCAGUACAGUGCUUGUCGCUCUCGUUCGCGCCCGAUUGCCAUCUUCGCGGGCGGGCCUUUCUAUGCGGCGCGGUGUGUUACUUCCUGGGCGACGGCGCGCGUGCCUGCGUGCUCGGAGAUGAGUCGCGCGUUCCGGCUGCAAAGGGACACACUCGCCACCUGCUGGCUCGGAAGAUGGCGACUCGACGCAAAAUGUCGAUGAGCAGCCUGCUGGGCGACGUGCGCAAGAAGGUCGGCCGCAAGAUGACCAUUCACGACCCGUCGUCCGUGGCGUCGCUGGUCGGCUCCCUCACGCACCUGCGGGUGCUCGAGGAGGACGCCCGUCGAGGCCGCGCCAGCUCCGAGCCUCCCGCUACGGUGCCAGAUACCCACAGCGACUGCUCCUCCGACGAGAAGGAGUUGGAGGACGACACCGCGAUGGAGCCAGAGCAUGAGGAGGACGACGACAGCGAUGACGAUGAAUUCUACAUCGCUUACUUGAUGGAGAUGCAGGAGGGAGACGGCUCGUUCAUGAACGGUACGUACGCAACGGAAGCAGGUGGCGCUGCUAUCAUGGUAAGUGUUGCUGCUGCCUGAUGCCAUCCUGCCCAUAAUCAUGUGGAAAAGGGAAGUAAGGAAAAUGGCAGGAAGGAAAGUAGGGAGAUAUGUAUCGACAACAGCAAACUUAGGCCUAC